UUAAAACGGUAGCAACCACUUCCGCUUUUCAUUGGUGUGUUGUCUUUCGACAAAACUUCGUUUCCAUCUGAUUGCUGGUUGAUUUUGGCAAUAAUGCCAAGCAAGAAAAAGAAAUUCAACUCAAGAUUUCCACCUGCCAGAAUCAAGAAGAUUAUGCAAACAGAUGAAGAAGUAGGAAAAGUGGCAGCUGCUGUCCCUGUUAUUAUUUCUAGAGCUCUUGAAAAGUUCAUUGAAACAUUAAUUGUGAAAACAGGGGAAACAACUUCAAACAGAAAUGCCAAGACAUUAACAGCAACUCACAUUAAGCAAACUAUUCAGUCCGAGAAAAAGUUUGACUUUUUAAGAGACCUUGUAUCCUCUAUACCUGAUCACCAAGCAGAAGAUGAAGGUGAAAGUUCAAAUCAUGGUGAAACAAAGAAACAAAAAAGGCCAAGAAAACAAAAAGAAAAAUCAGAAAAAAGAAGAGGCAGAAAGAAAAAGUCAUCGGAAAGUUCUGAGGAGGAAAACAAUCACAACACAAACAAUGGAGAUAAUCCAGUAAAUGAAGAUCCAGCAGAAGAUGAGGAUGACGAUGAAGAUACUGAAACAGAUGAAGAUGAUCACUCAUCGGAAUCCCAUCCAGCCGAACCUAUCUCAUACGAUCAAAGUUUUAAUGCGUCAUUGCCAAGUAGUGCAGGAUUAGCUCAAAAAUCAAGUUUUACAUCACCUAUUAGUCAUAGUUCAUCAACAUUUAUUCCCCCUUAUGUCAAUAAGAUGCCAUCAGUCGGCCACAUGAUGCCAUCGAAUCCAUUUGUACCGUUGAUGCCACCAUUCCCGAGCUCAGGGUUACCACCAGUCACAAUAGAUGAAUCAAAUCAGCCGUUAGAUUUAUGCACAACUUCAUCAUCAUCAUCAAAGAAUAGUGUGGUAAAAACCAGCAUUUGUACAGUAGUGUCACAGAACUCUAAUGAGGAUGAUGAUUAUGAUACUUGAUGUGUUGAAUGAUAUAUAUUUUAGUCAUUUAUUGUGUUGUUACAAAAUAGGCCAACAUAUUUUAUUUAUAGGUUUUAAUGAAUGAGCCAAUAUAAUAUUUUUAGAUCCACCCCGAUUGAAGAAUGAGAGGAAAUGUUCCAUUUUUGAUUUUUUUCCUGUGCAUGAAUUUUUUAGACAGAUUAUUAUGAUAAUUUAAACAAAAUAUUUUUUUCAAAUCAGGUUUUGUUUUUGUCAUUUAUCCUUUUAUCUUCUUGCUACCUUAUAAUUUUGGACAAAUAAUUUAAACCUACAAAUGUAAAAUGUUGGCCUCUAGGAAGGUCAUUAGCAAUAAUAUUGUUAUCACAAUGUUAUUUUGUGAGUAGAUGUGGAAAUUUGUCUUAGAUCUGUAUAAAUGAAAGUGCUAACAGAAAGUCAAAGUUUUGUCUGUUUUUUUGUUAGCAGUUAUGUUUCUGUUGUGUGAACUUUUCUUAUUCAAAUUUUUUUCUAGACAAAAGAAGAGGUUUUUUUUAAAAGCUGACAGAAUCUAUAAAAAUAUAUUUUGGGCUUAUACAUUUUUAUUGUUCAGAUAAUUACUACAUUUUUACUAGUUUUUAACCUUU